AUGCCGCGUAUUGCAAAAGCAUCUCAACCAAAUGGUGUUGACAGCACUACAGAUUCGAUUGCUUCUAGAACCAGAAACAGACUCAAAACAUCUUCUCCCGCAAGUACAAGUAAGUCUGCUAAUAGCAACACUACUAAUAAAACAACUACUCCUGCAACUCCAAUUACCACUCCAACACAAAAAAGAAAACCAAAAUCCCAGGUGACUUUAGAUGUUGAUACUGUUGGAUCUUCAAAACUUGUUGCUACAACUACUACCAUUACUACUCCAAAUAAAAAAACCCCAAAAUCCCAGGUGACGAGGGAUGUUGAUACCGUUGGAUCUUCAAAACUUGUUGCCACAACCACUACUACUACAAAUAAAAAACAACCAAAAUCCCAGGUGACGAGGGAUGUUGAUACCGUUGGAUCUUCAAAACUUGUGACGAUGGAUGUUGAUACCGUUGGAUCUUCAAAGCUUGUUGCUACAACUACCACCACUACUGAUUCAUCCACUCAAAACAAAAGAAAGCUUGUUGCCACAACUACUGAUCCAUCCACUCCAAACAAAAGAAAAUCUGUUGCCACAACUACCACCACUACUGAUCAAUCCACUCCAAAUGAAAAAAAACCCAAAUCCCAGGUGACGAUAGAUGUUGAUAUCGUUGGAUCUUCAAAGCCUGUUGCUACAACUACCACCACUACUGAUCCAUCCACUCAAAACAAAAGAAAGCUUGUUGCCACAACUACUGAUCCAUCCACUCCAAACAAAAGAAAAUCUGUUGCCACAACUACCACCACUACUGAUCAAUCCACUCCAAAUGAAAAAAACCCCAAAUCCCAGGUGACGAUAGAUGUUGAUAUCGUUGGAUCUUCAAAACUUGUCGCUACAACCGCCACCACCACUGCUCCAUCCACUCAAAACAAAAGAAAACUUGUUGCUGCAACAACAACUACAACUGCUCCACCCACUCCAAACGAAGGAAAAUCUGUUGCUACAACUACCACCACCACUACUUCAUCCACUCCAAACAAAAGAACCUCCAAAUCCCAGGUAACGAUGGAUGUUGAUACCACUACUGCUCCAUCCACUCCAAACAAAAGAAAAUCAAAGUCCCAGGCGACAAUGGAUGUUGACACCGUUGAAUCUUCAAAACUUAUAAAACCAAAAUCCCAAGUAACAAUGGAUAUUGAUCCUCCAGAACCUGUUGCUUCCAAUACUCCGCCCAUUCAAUCUCUGGAGAUGAUGGAUGUUGAUACUACUGAACCUGUUGCUUCCAAUACUCCGCCCAUUCAAUCUCAGGAGAUGAUGGAUGUUGAUACUACUGAACCUUCAAAAUCUCUUAGCAAAGAAGAAAAAAGAGUGAUGGUUGAUUUAGGUGAUGCUGAUAUUCCUGAUGGAGAAAAGGAUGCCGCUGUCUCUGAUAGUAUUGAUGAAACAAUUUUUAAAAGAAUGAAUCCUAUUUCAUUCCUCAAUUUACUUUAUUAUCGAACCAGGUCUCAAAAAAAUCAAAGACGACCAUAUUAUCGUUGGGAAAUUGAUGAAGAUAGAUUAUGGAAUUGUAAGCUCAAUUAUCUUGAUAAAACAUGGGUGUCUUGCAAAAGUAAAGAUCGGAGAUCGGCGAAAUUCAAUGUAGCAUCACAAGCUACAUUAGAAAUUUAUUCAAAUACACCUGAUGUUAGUAAUGAAAUCAAGAAAAUUUUGCUUAGGAUGACAGAGAAUCAUAUAGUCUUGUUUUAA